GAUGUAAUUUUAUAAAGUUUCUUUUUAGAAACAUAUAUGCACAUAGAUACUUUUUUGAAAGAAGAAAAGUUAAUCUUGAUUUAUAUAUGACAUUUAUGUAUGGUUACUUAACAUUUUUGUGGAUUAUUUUGCUCCUAAAAAUUUGGUUGAUGUUCUCACAUGAGUGUUUAGUAGUGGAAAUGUUGAUCCCCCUUUUUUUAUUAUUUAGAUAAUUUUCUACAUGCAUUUUCUAUGCACAUGCCAAAUUUCAACUAAAAAUAAAGCUACGCAGAUUUAAUUAGUGUUAUACUAAGUAUACUACUUUUUUUAGGUAGUCCUAGGCAAACGUUUUUUUGUGGUGAUUCUUAUCAGAAACAUAUACAAACCUAUAUCAUUUUUAAAAGACGAAAGGUUAAGCUUGAUAUUUUAUGAAUAUUAUGUUUGGUUAGUAUACUUUUUUAUGGAUUAUUUUGCCAAAAACUUUGCAUAAAAAUUUGCUUGAUGUUCUCACCUGAAUUUGUAGUCGAAGAAAUGUUGAUCCCCCUUUUUUUAUUAUUUAGAUAAUUUUCUACAUGCAUUUUCUAUGCACAUGCCAAAUUUCAACAAAAAAUAAAGCUUCGCAGAUAGUUUAAUUAGUGUAGAACUUUUGGUACCUAAUUUUGGCUUUUCUGUUGUUUGUUUGUUGCUGUUUUUUUCGUUAAGCGAAAUACGGGGGCGGAUAGGGGGGCCGACUCUACAGAAAAAAAAUAAAAUUUCUAAUAUUGUAUUAUUUUGAUUUUUAUUAUUAGAUUAAAAUAAAAAAUGAACUCUGCAGACAGAACUUUACUUGACUCUCUAACAGUUCGAUCUACCCAGCCUAUCACUGCAACAUCUUCAUCUACAAUGAAUGCUCUAGUUCCAUCCUCAACUGCAUUGGGUGGUAAGUUUAAAAAUAUUUUUAUUGCAUCCUUCAAAAAACCUGUUCAUAUAUGUAUGUAUUUCAGAGCAAUUGCAAUAUUUAUUUUUUAUUACACUUUUUAUAACUUAGUUAUAAAAUUUAUAUCUGCUAUAAUUGUUACAUCUUCAGCUGCUACAAGUGUAACAAUUUAUUGUCAUUUAGAGCUUACCUAUCGUGCCUAUAGGAGAUAUAGAAACCAGCACCCUGGACCGAUUAGCAAUCGGCCAUUUUUGCGAUGGGUCCGGUUAGGAGGGAAUGAUGGUGAAUCAUUCAGCUAG